ACAAUAACCGCUACCCUGCCCUAGAAGCUGGGCUGGUCAACUGUACAUGGUACUCAAAUAAAGCCUGCUGCAAGCGUACAGAAGUGACUUCAGUAUUUUCUGCAAUGGAUCCAUUGUAUAAGGCGACAAAGCUGUGCAGGAAUUACAUCAAUUUUCUCAUGUGCUUCUUCUGUAGUCCAGAUCAGUACAAGUUCUAUAAACCCAAUACAAAGGCUAUGGUGUGUCUGGAUUAUUGUGAAUCACUGUAUGAGGAAUGUAAAACGGCUGGAUUUAACAAGACUUUAAUAGGGGAAGCAUACGCAAACGGAACAGCUUUCUGUGCUGCCCAGAAUUUUCACGUUACGGAGAAUGCAGACUGCUUCAAGUUUGAUCCAACAGUAUUCGACCAAUCACACAGAGUUUCUUCAGUGUCUCUCCAUCUUCUAGUGGUUGUUGUGUUUUUUCUGUCAAAGGCUGUGUCCAGUAUCUCUGUCAUUUGA